CUUUCUUUGGCUCAUAAUAAAAUCCAACUCGGCCUCUUUCGCACAUAUACCCAACCCUUUAAAUCAAAACCUAAGAAUUUGAUAUGAGAGAGCGAUUGUGUUUCCGUUAGUAUAUAUAAACGAAUUGAAGCGUAUCUACUAUCUUACCCUUAGACAUAACAAUAUCAUCUAGCUAGCUAGCUAGCAAAUAGCAAUGUUAAAAAACCAACCACAACCAGAUUGGCCUGAGCCCAUUGUCCGGGUUCAGUCCUUAUCCGAAAACUGCGAAGAUUCAAUCCCUGAAAGGUACAUCAAGCCUUCUACUGAUAGACCAUCCAUAAAAAGUUGUAAUUUUGAUGAUGCCAAUAUUCCAAUCAUCGACCUUGGGGGACUAUUUGGUGCUGACCAACAUGUCUCAGCCUCAAUUCUUAAGCAAAUCUCAGAUGCUUGCAAAGAAUGGGGCUUCUUCCAAGUCACUAAUCAUGGUGUCAACCCUGAUUUGAUGGACAAGGUCAGGGAAACUUGGCGUGAAUUCUUUCACAUGCCCAUGGAGGUGAAGCAGCAAUAUGCAAACUCGCCAAAAACCUAUGAAGGCUACGGAAGCAGACUUGGAAUUGAGAAAGGUGCUAUUCUUGAUUGGAGUGAUUACUACUUUCUUCACUAUCUUCCCUUUUCACUCAAGGACUAUAACAAAUGGCCCGCCUCGCCUCCCUCUUGCAGGGAAGUGCUUGAUGGGUAUGGGAGAGAGUUAGUGAGGCUAUGUGGGAGGUUGAUGAAGGCUUUCUCAAUAAACCUUGGAUUAGAUGAAAAAAUCCUUCAAAAUGAUUUUGGAGGGGAAGACAUAGGGGCAUGUCUAAGAGUGAAUUUUUACCCUAAAUGUCCACGGCCAGAGUUGACGUUGGGUUUGUCAUCACACUCAGACCCUGGAGGAAUGACUAUGUUGCUUCCAGAUGAUCAAGUUCCUGGUCUUCAAGUUCGAAAAUGUGAUGAUUGGGUUACUGUGAAGCCUGCAAAACAUGCUUUCAUUGUCAAUAUCGGAGACCAAAUCCAGGUUCUAAGCAAUGCAAUUUACAAGAGUGUGGAGCACAGAGUGAUAGUAAAUUCAGAUAAAGAGAGAGUCUCUCUUGCAUUUUUCUACAACCCCAAAAGUGACAUACCCAUAGAACCAAUAAAAGAGCUUGUAACACCGAAAAGGCCCUCACUCUACCCAGCAAUGACCUUCGAUGAAUACAGACUCUUCAUUAGAAUGAGAGGACCUCGAGGCAAAUCUCAAAUUGAAUCUUUAAAGUCUCCCAGAUGAUCCAUUCUCUCAUAGGCUUUUAUUGCUUACAUUUUAUGUCCAUCAAAUAGUAAGUCACUAUUAUCGUGAUUGGUUUCACAUUUAUACAACAUGUUUGGAUGUAAUUUUAAGAAAUUAAUAGUUAUAUAUGAUUUUUAUGUCUGAAUUGUAUUUUCUUACUUCUCAAGAGUUUACAAGCACGCUAUACCUUAUUGAUGUAUAAUUAAUUGUAAAUCCUGUAACUAAAUCGGGAUUUGUUUGCGCAUUGAGCCACAGAGUAAGGAUAUGUAAUGGUGAUUGGAUACUUAGAUGUGAUGUUUAGAAAAACUGUUUUCUACUUUGCUCUGUAAUGGCUAAAUUUUGAUGGACCA